AAGUUAAUUUAAUUUAAUUUAAUUUAAUUUAAUUUAAUUUUAGUUUAGUUUAGUUUAGUUUAGUUCAAGUUGUAACCCUGCGGAAUAAAAAUUCUCCAGGGAAGUUUUUUAAGUGCUGCAACUUCCGGUGACGGCGGAAGCUAUAAGUGUUUGCAGAAAUCCGUCCGUCCGGGAGCAAAACAAUCAUACUAAAAAAAAAAAGAUGGAGAUGAUAAAUGCUGGACAUCUGAUGAGCCUAGCAGCUCUGCAGAGACAAGAUCCGUACAUAAACCAAUUACUUGACGUUACUGGUCAAGUAGCUCUUUACAACUUUAACUCCAAAGCGAACGAAUGGGAGAAGACCGAAAUCGAGGGAACCCUGUUUGUUUAUUCGAGGUCUGCCUCUCCUCAUCAUGGCUUCACCAUCAUGAACCGACUGAGUACAGAGAACCUUGUGGAGCCGAUAAAUAAGGACCUGGAGUUUCAGCUGCAGGAUCCCUUCUUGCUCUACAGAAAUGGCAACUUGGGGAUCUACAGCAUAUGGUUUUAUGAUAAGAGAGAUUGUCAACGCAUUGCUCAGCUGAUGGUCAAGAUUGUGAAGCAAGAGGCAGACCAUGCCCAGAGAAAGACCCCAGAGUCGGGUCGAACCAACGGAGUCGCAGAGCCGCGGUCCAUCGACAUCAUGGAGCUGCUCAGCAAAGCCAAGGAGGACUACCAAAGAGGCAUGGCAAGAGAAACGAGGGUUUCAACAGAGGCGAGCGUGAAAACAGUCAGUGAUGUUACACAACGUGCACAGAACACACAACCACCUGAGAGCGCUCAUACGGGGGUGAAACAGAUCACGGUCGAGGAGCUCUUUGGUUCUUCUCUUCCUAAAGACCCUCCUGUGAUGACCAAGCCUGCACAGGUCACCGCUGCUUCCAACCACUUCCCUUCAGCCUACAUCCAGAAACAAACAUUUCCUUCUGCAGCCCACCAAAGUGCUUUUGUCACGUCUCAGUUCUCGGCCCAGGAUCCCGUCUCCAGCCAGCAACAAGUCCCCGUUCUAAUCCCGUCUCCCUUUGUGAUGAAUCCCAGUCCCGUUUUCCAGUCGGUAGUCUCCAGGCCAGAACCAAAGUCUCAGUGCGCCGUCUCCCCUCUUAUGAUGCCUUCAGCUGACACGGAGAUCCUCACCGCUCCUCCUGGGUCUACGUCAUCUCCAGCUGCUCCUACGAGCUUUUUAGGGCAGGAGAUGGUCACCACACUCAAACCAGCAGCGUCCUCUGUGAGUUCAGGUAUCCACAAACCCAUCCUCGCACCCAGCUUCCUGCCAAGCACGCUGGUUCCACCUCACAGCUUCCAAGAACCCAAGAUGGAUGUUUUCUCCCAACUUCCCACCAUGAUUAAACCGAUCCCUGCUGUUCCCAUGAGUCCAGGUCUUGCUGUUCCAGGGUCAGGGAUUUCAGUACUUCUUUCACCCAGCGCCUUCCAGCAGACGGUUAAUAAACCCGUAACAGCACCGGUGGCUCCCUCUGCUCCCCCUGAGCCACCUGCUGCCUCUGGACGAGCUGCAGAGUCUCCGUCAGGCCCCUGCAGUAAAGCACAGCUGCAGGAGACUCUGAUACAUCUCAUCAAGAACGACCCAGACUUCCUCAGUGUCAUUCACGAUGCUUACCUGCAGAGUCUGUCCAAGGACCUCGGCAACGUGAAGUUGUAGUCGGACCUGGACCAGCGCAGACCAGUUCAGGGCUUCAGACACGUUUGUGUGACCACAGAGGUUUGUGACACACCACACCACAUCUCUUCAGGAUUAUUAUGAGCUGGACUCUGUUGACUCGUGAAGAUGUCCUGGCUCCCGUCGCCCUGGAUUUCUCUGAUUACGUCAAAGGAGAGCGACUGUGGGAGCAAAGAUCAGAUUAAACGUCUCUGUGGAUUACUGGGCAGAGCUUUGAAAACUUGAUGAUUGCGGUUCAACUGCUGACCACUUAUUGGUGGAGGUCAAGUGAAAAACUCUGACUGUUGGAUGGUAAUUUAUCUGCUGUGAAACUUAGAUGCUCCUUUUUAUUACUCAGAACACAUCUUCUAGGAGUUCUCCUGGGAACACUGACAAUACACCCAAACUGUGACAUCUUUACUUUUUUGAUGUCUAAAUGAUUUUU